UUCUUCUGCUGCUCUGUUUUCGACAGUAGCAGUAGAGCUCAUUACUGAGCUCUCUGGAACCUUUUCACUCUUCAUUGCUUCUUUUGUGAACUGAGCUUUGGUGGUUCAGGGUUGUGUUCUGGGUCCUUUUUUAGCUAUAGUGUGAGUGACUCUUCCCAAAUGGCAGCUCAGUCUGGUUGUUCUGCUCCGGUGGUUCCUUCUCUUCCGCCGCCAGCUCCAAAGUCGCCGCCGCAGUACCCAGAUUUGUAUGGCAAGCGCAGAGAAACCGCCAGGGUUCAGAUGCUUGAGAGGGAAAUUGGCUUUCUUGAGGAGGAACUAAAAUCUGUUGAACGCCUUCAACCCGCAUCCAAAUGCUGCAAAGAGAUUGCUGAUUUUGUGACUGCCAAUCCAGAUCCGUUAAUACCUACAAAUCGAAAGAAACGACGAUCAUGUCGCUUUUGGAAAUGGCUAUGUGGAAUGCCCUGUUUUAGCUUGUCAUCGAUUUGCUGUUGCUGCUGUUGUGAUGGGUGCUCUCUAGAAAUGCCACGCUGCUCCUGCUGCAGUUGCUCCAGCUGCAGUUCAUGCAGCGGUUCAGGUUGCGGUUCAUGCAGUGGUCCAUGUAACUGUAAAUCGUGUUUCAGUUGCAAAUCAUGUUUCAGUUGCAAAUCGUGUUUCAGUUGCAAAUCGUGUUUCAGUUGCAAAUCAUCAAAAAUUGCUGCACUUUACCAUCAUGUUCGUGUUCAUGUCCCGAUUGCUCUUGUUUGA